AUGAGCAGUCCCCGAAUCGCGACCUCUCGUCAAUAUGGCGCAUCUUUCGGGCCUGACCGCAGAGGGUCGGAAUUUCGAUUGCCACGCUUCUUCAAAAGACUGUUCAAAUUCCCACAGAUGGACUUUGAGAUGGCCGUGUGGGAGAUGACGCAUCUACUCAUCGCGCCGAAGAAAGUGUUCAAGUCAAUAUACUACCACAAGCAAACCCGAAAUACGUGGCACCGGCCAGAUCCGUCCUUCACCUAUCUCCUGUCCUUCUUCCUUCUUCUAACCUCAUUCGCCUGGUCGCUUGCCUAUACGCCGGCGUUUUCGUCAGUGGUGAAGCUGGCUCUCAUGUUUAUAUUUGUCCACUUCCUUGCCGGUUCACUCGCAGUAUCAGCAAUAUCAUACUUGGUGGUUGGCCGGCUGCUGGGCCCCGGCAUCUCAGGCCUACCUGGACGCAGAAGGCAGCAAGGGCUCUUCGGUCCGCCUGGAGGAGGGCGAGGAACGGACGCUCUGGAAUUCGGAUACUGCUUUGACGUGUCAAUCAGGGCAUUCUUUCCUCCUUAUGUGCUGCUCUACAUCGUCCAGUACAUCUUGAUGCCGGCCAUCAACCAUCCGAACCGGGUGUCGACAUUUUUCGCCAACUUGCUCUACCUCGCAGCCGGGGUCUACUGGAGUUUGAUCAUCUUUCUUGGUUACAACGCUCUGCACUUUCUACACCAUACGCAGCUACUCCUGACGCCAAUGCUAGGGUGGAUUGGGAUCUGGCUGGUUUGCACAAUCCUGGGCAUAAACCUGGAGAUGUGGGGUGUGAGAUGGCUUUUCCUGGGAGUUAAGAGCUAG